CGGCGGUCACCUGAUCUGUGGCAGCAGUGGAGGACGAGGCUGUAGAGCCUGAAGCUGUGAUGGCGGCGACAGUGGCGGUUUGCGUGCGGGAGGGGACGAGGCGGGCCCCGGCUUUCUGGCAAAUGAGGUUGUUGGCACUGUUGCUGGUGGUGGCGGCGACAGCGACGGAGCAGCAGGUGCCGCUGGUGCUGUGGUCGAGUGACCGGGACUUGUGGGCUCCUGCGACCGACACCCAUGAGGGCCACAUCACCAGCGACUUGCAGCUCUCUACUUACUUAGACCCCGCCCUGGAGCUGGGCCCUCGAAAUGUGCUGUUGUUCCUGCAGGACAAGCUGAGCAUCGAGGACUUCACGGCAUAUGGUGGUGUGUUUGGGAACAAGCAGGACAGCACCUUUUCUAACCUGGAGAAUGCUCUGGACUUGGCCCCUUCCUCUCUUGUGCUUCCUGCUGUUGACUGGUAUGCAGUCAGCACUCUGACCACUUACCUUCAGGAGAAGCUUGGGGCCAGCCCCUUGCACGUGGACCUGGCCACCCUUCGGGAGCUAAAGCUCAAUGCUAGCCUCCCAGCUUUGCUGCUCAUCCGCUUGCCCUACACAGCCAGCUCGGGUCUAAUGGCACCCAGGGAAGUCCUCACAGGCAAUGAUGAGAUCAUUGGGCAAGUGCUGAGCAUGCUCAAGUCUGAAGAUGUCCCGUACACAGCGGCCCUCACAGCGGUCCGCCCUUCCAGGGUGGCCCGUGAUGUAGCCAUGGUGGCAGGAGGGCUAGGUCGCCAGCUUCUGCAAAAACAGCCAGUGUCACCUGUGGUCCACGCCCCUGUGAGUUAUAAUGACACUGCCCCCCGGAUCCUGUUCUGGGCCCAGAACUUCUCAGUGAAAUAUGGGGAACGUUGGGAAGACUUGACCCCCAUGACAUUUGGGGUCCAGCAACUCAACCUGACCGGCUCCUUCUGGAAUGAGUCUGUUGCCAGGCUUUCGCUGACCUAUGAACAACUUUUUGGUACCACAGUGACAUUCAAGUUCAUUCUGGCAAACCGCUUCUACCCAGUGUCGGCCCGGCACUGGUUUACCAUGGAGCACCUUGAAAUCCACAGCAAUGGCUCUGUAGUCUACUUCAAUGCCUCCCAGAUCACAGGGCCCAGCAUCUACUCCUUCCACUGCCAGUACGUCAGCACUUUUAACAACAAAGGCAGUCUUCUUGUGCCCAGCAGCUCCCAGCCCUCUCUCUGGCAUAUUACUCUUCAGGACUUCCAGAUCCAGGCCUUCAACGUGAUAGGCGAGCAGUUCUCCUACGCCAGUGACUGUGCCGGCUUCUUCUCCCCGGGCAUCUGGAUGGGGCUGCUCACCUCCUUAUUCAUGCUUUUCAUCUUCACCUACGGCCUGCACAUGAUCCUCAGCCUCAAGACCAUGGACCGUUUUGAUGACCACAAGGGCCCCACCAUCACUUUGACCCAGAUUGUGUGACCCUGUAACCACUGGGGAUUGAGGGUGUGAUGGUGUACAGGUUGUCACUUUCUCACCUCAAGGCAUGCUGGACUGAAGGAAUUCCUUCUCUUCCUACCAUAGCAUGAACCCCCAGUUCCCCUCAGCCUGUCUUGCUCCUGUUCAACCCUCUGAGGGACUUCCUUGGGGCUGCCCACCCCCAUCUCUGUCAACAGGUGUACAUAUUCUACGUAGAUAGUAGACAAAUCUCCCAGAGUUGGUGAUUGUGAGGGGAGGGGACAUAAAUUUUAGAGCCCCAUCCACCUCCCCUUUUCUCCUUAUUUAUUUUCAUGUCUCCACCAUCACCCCUUGCUGUUUAUAGUGCUUUUGUGUAGUGAGUGCUCCCUCCCCAGGCUUUAUUAGGCUCCCUUCUGCAGCCAGGAGCUGGAUGUUCCCUGAGUUGAGGGGUGGAAGUACUUUUUGAUUCCCACUUGGAUGGUGGUGUUUUUGGUGAUGUGCUAACAAUAAGCAGUACUCUGGGGCUUAUUUCUGUGGCCUGAGAAGGAAGGGACCUCCUUGGCAGGUGGGCUGGGUGUGCUCACUGGUUUUUGGCAGCUCCUGCCAGGAAUGCCUAGCAGGAGCCUAGGCACUGUGGGUUUCCUUCCUAAUAAAAUAAAGAUGGGUCGCUAUGC